AUGUCAGACAUCCCUCUUGAAAUCCAAAUGGAAAUCAUUCAAAGAAUACCCGAUAUAAAAUGGGUCAUUCGGUGCAGAUCGGUGUCAAAGUCAUGGAAAUAUGUGAUCGAUAGCAAGGAUUUUGUUACUGGUCAUACCCUCCGCCAUCAAGUGAAUCGCCAUCAUCUACUUAUAAGGACACAAGAUCGAGAUGAUAAAAAGGUAAAAUAUGUUACCCUUCUCGACGAUGACACUUUCCCCCAUCAAAAAAUUAAUGUGUUUGUUCCCGAUGCUGUUAACAAAUUUAGUAGUGAUUCAGAAAUAAUCGGUACUUGUCAUGGCUUGUUUUGCUUGUAUGAACGCGAAGCCGAUACCACUGUUAUCUGGAACCCUUUAGUUAGGAAAACCGUUACCAUUGCAGUACCUAACAAAUGGGACAGGUACUUUGGGACUAUUAUUGGUUUUGGUCUCUGUUCUAGUAAUCUUGACCCUAAGCUUGUUAAGAUUACUUAUGUUUACUAUCCGGAUAAAUUACAAGAUGUAAAUACUAGAACCCACGUUGAGGUAUUUACGUUAAGUUCGGGAAGGACUUGGAGAAGUCCAUUAAGUGGCAAUGUUCCUAGUCAAUCGAUUAAAAUUGGAUAUUCUCAGGCAGUUAUAGACGGGGUUAUCUAUUGGAAAGCCGUUGAUAGGAACAUUCAUGUGGAUGAUAGACGUAGGACUCCCAAUCUGAUCGUGUCAUUUGAUUUGACAAGUGAAGAGUUCACAAAAGUAAACCUCCCCGAUCCUUUAACACUCUCCCGUUAUGCCGAUUUGUCGGUAUCUAAUCUAAGGGAGUCUCUUGCUGUUCUUAAGUUCGAUAUGUACACUCCGAGAGAAUUUUGUGAUGUAUGGAUGAUGAUUGGGCAAGGUUGUACUAGAUCCUUUAAUAAGCUAUACUCCAUUAGUGCACCUCAUGCAUUAAUAGGUACAACAGUAGGAUUUCGAAAGAGUGGUGAACCCAUUAUCGAAUAUAAUCGUUAUACACCCAAUGAACUUGCUAUUUAUGAGCCAGAAUCAAAACACAUCACUAAUAUCGGAAUUCAUGGAUUAGAUGGUACCUUUUUUGUGCAUUCUUACAUGGAGACACUACUUUUGCUUGGCCAUUGA